AUGGUCAAGAUGAGCAAAGACGGCCUCUUCAAUUCCAUUAUGGAGAAGAAACUCUAUCCUCGAGCUCACGAGAAUCGGAAAAAGGUUUCGGAUCCAUCCUUCCAAGGACCGAGGAAAGCAUUCCUAUUAGCAUCAGCCAAAAGUUUUGUUAUGCUUCAAGUACUGUUUCUCGGCCUCUUCUCAUACAUCUUCGGAGCCAUCUACCACCAAAGCAAUCGCGUACAUAACAUCGAGAUCUUGUUUGUUGAUUAUGAUGGAGGGGCUGUAGGAAACAGUUUCCAGCAAGCAUAUCAGACACUCAAAGGGCCUAGCUUUCCAACCUUGAUCCAGCGAACGCCCACCGAAUAUCCAUCCGCCAUAAAUCAGAUCCAUCACGUCUGUAACGUAGACUACUGGGCAUCCAUCUACAUCGCCAACGGUGCCUCUCAAAGAGUCGAAGCAGCUUUAACAGGACUUGGCUCCUCCCACAAUCAAAGCGACAUAGCCUACUACAUCUGGAACGAAGCCCGCUACCCAGCGGUAGUCGACCAAGUCGUCUCCUCCACCCUCCUCCUCCUCUCUUCCACCGCGCGCAUCAUCUACGCCAAACAAAACUGGACAACCACAACCCUUUCCCCCACCGCCCACCAAACCUUCACCGACCCCUGGCACCUAACGUCCAUAAACCUGCAACCCACCGCCCAAGGCGCGCGUCUCAUCUACAACACCCUCGUCAUCGUCUUCCUCCUCAUCCAGCAAUUCUUCUUCCUCGGCACCAUCAACGCCCUCUACGAUGCUUUCCAGAUCUACACCCGUCUCAACCCACAUCGUAUCUUCUUCUUCCGCUGGAUGCUCUCCGCGAUCUACUGUCUCGUCGGCUCUCUCUGCGUCACUGGUGCCAUCUGGGCUUUCCGUUCUGGCUGGCAGGUUAAUGGAAACCAAUUCGCGCUGACGUGGGUGAGUUUGUGGCUUUUCGCGCAUGCGAAUUUCCUCACUCUCGAUGUGUUCACCGCGUGGGUACCGGCGCCUUUGGUUCCAAUGGCACUUAUAACAUGGGUGGUACUGAACGUCGCGUCCGUCCUCCUCCCAUUCGAACUCUCUAGCCCGUUCUACAAAUGGGGUUACGCCGUCCCAGCACACUGCCUCUACAACACCCUCGUCGACAUCUGGUCGCGCGGCUGCAACCCCGUACUCUACUACGCCCUCCCCGUCCUCUUCGCCUACGAAGUCUCCAGCAGUAUCCUCUGCGCCAUUGGGGUGCAUCGACGCUGUCACUACGCAAUGGUGAAAAUGGAUCAGGAUGCGGAGGCGUUGCAGGUGAGGAUUGAUACCGCGUUGAAGUUUGAAAGGAAUAAAAUGAGGGAACAGAGGGAAGGUGGGGAGAGAAGGGAGAGUGUGGAGAGUAUGAGGAGGGAUAGGGAGGAGCUUGGGGUGGAGAUUGAGAGGGAGAUGACGAGAUUGGAGAGGGAGAGGAGUAAUACUACGGUUGUGGAGUUUGGGCCGAGUUUUGGUUAUCAUUAG